GGACUUCAGCCAUGCAGCUGAAGCAGUAUCGAGUUUUGUGUGGGAGUGGAUGUCUGCUUUUUGUUCUUAAAUUGACCUCUGUUCACUGCCCAGUACAUGGAACUCAGCACUGCCAUGCGUUCUGUGCCUUUGUGACAACGCUGUGGCCUUUGAAUGCUGCAUUCAGUUCUACCAAGGAGAGGAAGAUACACCAAACUGGGCUUGGCUUUGUAGGCUGGAUGGUAUUCUUGAUCCUGUUACUUCUGAUGCAGAAAUUACUGCCUGUGCAAAGUCUUCUAAGAUUCAGUCGAUCUGUCCCAGAAGGAUUCAUCGCACCUCUGGAGCUACAGCAGAAACACUUUGGCUUAGUGGAUGAUUAUGGCCUUAGGCCACACCAUCCCAAGUUGCAGAUACGGAAACAACGUAAGGAAUCAGAAACACUGCAAAGAGCACAUAAAAGCAAGAGGGAUGAACCCAAUUUUGAAGAGUAUUAUUACGAUGACGUCCUUUAAAAAGCAACAAGAGAAACAUCCCUUUUUGCAUAGCCUUGCCUUGGCUGAUAGAACAGCCACACACACAGAGCACCUCAUAAUGAAGGCGAUGCUCCCCAUCAUCCUUUGCUGGUUCACACCCAUUCUAGAAACUAUCCAUACAGCUCGGUGCAUCCUAUGCAUCCCUACUAUAAGCACAGUAUUUUAAGCUGAAAUUGGCACUUGGAGAUUCUUAGCUUUCCUUUCAUGCUUUUAAUUCCCAUGAUGCUAAAUAAUAUUUGGAAACUUUUGACUACUGGCUGGA